AUGUGGAUCGAGUUGACUGACGCAACCACGGCUCCCGCCGAUAUGGCUAUGACUAUGAAUGUACUGAAUCGCCAAGAUUUCAUCGAUAUGAAUCGCGAGAUGCACGAGUACGACGAGAUGCGCGAGAAAAUCAUCAAGCGCUCACGAGAGAUCCUCAAGGCUAGCAAGCAAGCAAUCUUUGCAUUACAUCGGGCAGACAGUGUGGAAGCCUUGAAGCUGCUAGGCAAUGCAGAGAAGGUGAUUCCAGAGCUGGUGGCACUAACGGUGAACAAUUCUUCGCUGCGAGACGGUGCACUGGCGUCUUCUUUGGAAGAGUAUGCAGAAGCCAAAUGUUUCUUUUAUUACCUCGAUACCAAGUGUCUUUUGCCGCGCCAGGACGUUCCAGUCUUGCAGAUGAAUGAGUAUCUUGGCGGUGUCAUUGACUUUACUGGAGAGUUGAUGAGGUUUGCAGUCGUUAAAGCUACGGCAAGGGAUGUGGAAGAGGUGAAACGAUGCAAAGCCAUGGUUGAAGCCAUUUCCGGCGAACUCAUUCAGUUUGACUUUAGAAACGGUCCACUGCGUCGAAAGUUUGACUCGGUCAAGUACAACCUGCGCAAGCUGGAGAACACGCUGUACGAGUUGUCGCUGGUCACGAACUCGGGUCUGACUGUACAGGCACACUCAGUGCUAGAAGAACCGGGGGUAGCAUCAAUACGCGAAGGCGAAGCAUAA